AUGGUUAUCUAUCUGUCUCCUCUGAGGAGCUUAGUUCUUUUACAGGAUUUCUCAAGACUGCUUGGGACUUCCGCUGUUAAAACAACGAGAUUUCGACCUUCAGCAGGUGGACGUUCUCCAGUUCUUAAAGAAUUAGGACGACUUACUCCUAUCAGGAAAGAAAUUGAUGGACCGUAUCAGCCAGGACAGCUCUUCGUUCACAAGGUUUUUGCAUAUCGCGGGGUGGUUAUCUGCUCAUUCAGUUGUCGUGUCCAUGAAAAGUUAAAAGCUCCGCAGAAAAGCGAAUCAACAUUUGACUCGACGGUUUCAUGUUUCUAUCAGGUUUUGAUACAUCGCAGAGAUUGGAGGCAUAUGCGCAUGCCUACAGACUUAACAACUUAUCUUGGUGAAUGUAACUCUCGUGGCGAGCGUCCACUUGCCGUGAUACAUGGAAUGGAUUGUGUAGCACACGAAGAGAUCAUACCGUAUGCCUCUUGUGAAACUAAACCUGUUGAUCACGAACUUUUUGAAAGAAUCUUUGAGGUUCGAUCCGGAAGUACGGAAGAGUCAAAUCUUGAAGUUUGUGUCAAAAAAGAACUGUUACCUCAUUACUUGGCAACUCAGCGAUCUUGGCUUUUACCUCAAGAAGUUUACAAGGAAACGACAAAUGGGGUUCAAGUCUUAGUUAUAACAUUCUACCUCGGCGCGAAUAUGAUCAAUGGUCAACAAAGACAUUGUUGGCGGUACUCAAUUCGUGUGGAGAAUUUGGAAAGGACGACAAUUAUUGUGAGGGAAAGGCUGUUAAAGAUUUUUAGUCUCAAUAACCUUCAACAGUUAAAUGCAUCAGGCGUUGUUGGAAUGAAUCCCCGUCUGACAUCGCAAGAGCCAGCUUUUCAAUUUAGCAGUACAAUAAACUUGCCGCAGCCAAAAGGUGCUCAUAUGUGGUACGUUAUACUUUAUGUCGUUUGA